AUGAGCGUCGCUUCGGAACUGUUCGAGUCUUAUGAGCACGACUUUGACCAAAUCUCUCAGUCCAUUUCAACGAAAAUAAACUCUACGCUUCCUUCACAAUCUGGAGAAAAACGUAAGGCUACAGUACGUGCGACCGAACGUGAAAUCGAUGAAGCCGAGGAAAUAUUUGGACAAAUGGAAAUGGAAGUGUUGAAUUUACAGCCUUCAACACGUACACGUCUUCAGGCUAAGAUGAGAAUUUACAAGAGUAAUUUGGAAAAGCUGAAACGUGAUUUGAAAAAAGUUUCUGCGAACGAUUCAGUGCCUACAGAUCGAGACGAAUUGCUUGCUGGAGCAAGUGCUACUGACCUUGAUAGUGCUUCACUAGAUCAGCGUGCCAGGCUUUUGAGUGGAACUGAACGACUUGCAGAUAGUAGUAAGCGCUUACAAGAAAGUCAUAGAAUUGCUUUAGAAACUGAAACCAUUGGUGCUAGUCUCAUGGAAGCGGAUUCUUAUAUCGAUAAAGCACAACGCACUCUCAAGGGUAUGACUCGCCG